CGCAACUGUCGGUAACGCAGAGGAAGAGACGGCAGACACCGCACCUUCGACCAAGGUAAAGCAUGGCGAUGACCGGCCAAAGCUCGUGCUCCUCCAUGAGUAACCACACUAAGGAGCGGGUCACCAUGGCCAAAGUGACUCUGGAGAACUUCUACAGCAACCUCAUCGCUCAGCAUGAGGAGAGAGAGAUGAGACAGCAGAAGCUGGAGAAAGUGAUGGAUCAGGAGGGCUUGGCUGAUGAAGAGAAACGUAUCCGGCGUUCUCAGCAUGCAAGGAAAGAGACAGAGUUUCUGCGUCUGAAACGGACUCGACUGGGUCUGGAGGACUUUGAGUCCUUGAAGGUGAUUGGCCGAGGAGCUUUUGGAGAGGUUCGUCUGGUGCAGAAGAAAGACACUGGUCACGUGUAUGCCAUGAAGAUCCUCCGCAAAGCUGACAUGCUGGAGAAAGAACAGGUUGGUCAUAUCCGUGCUGAGCGGGAUAUUCUGGUGGAGGCCGACAGCCUGUGGGUGGUUAAAAUGUUCUACAGCUUCCAGGAUAAGAUGAACCUCUACCUCAUCAUGGAGUUCCUGCCUGGAGGUGACAUGAUGACCCUGCUGAUGAAGAAGGACACUCUGACGGAAGAGGCCACUCAGUUCUACAUCGCAGAGACGGUGCUGGCCAUCGACUCCAUCCACCAGCUGGGCUUCAUCCACCGGGACAUCAAACCAGACAACCUGCUACUGGACUCCAGGGGUCAUGUAAAGCUGUCAGACUUUGGUCUGUGCACUGGGCUGAAGAGGGCUCACCGAACUGAGUUCUACAAAAACCUGAACCACAGCCUGCCCAGUGACCUCAGUAAGCAAACUUUCCAGAAUAUGAACUCCAAGAGGAAAGCAGAGACCUGGAAGAGGAACAGGAGGCAGCUGGCCUUCUCCACGGUGGGAACCCCGGACUACAUCGCUCCAGAGGUCUUCAUGCAGAAUGGAUACAACAAACUCUGUGACUGGUGGAGCCUGGGUGUCAUCAUGUAUGAGAUGCUGAUAGGUUACCCUCCCUUCUGCUCAGAGACGCCUCAGGAGACGUACAGGAAGGUGAUGAACUGGCGAGAGACGCUCACCUUUCCUCCAGAAGUUCCAAUCUCAGAGAAGGCCAAAGACCUCAUCCUCAGGUUCUGCUGUGAGGAGGAGCACAGGAUCGGGGCUGCAGGCGUGGAGGAGAUCAAGUCUAACCCCUUCUUUGAGGGGGUGGACUAUGACCAUAUCAGGGAGAGACCUGCUGCCAUUCCCAUAGAGAUUAAAAGCAUCGACGACACCUCCAACUUUGACGAGUUCCCUGAUUCAGAUAUCCUCACACCAGCAGCCACCCAGGUGUCCAACCACACCGAGGCCGACCUGAAGAACAAGGACUGGGUCUUCAUCAACUACACCUACAAACGCUUCGAAGGCCUGACCGCCCGAGGAGCGAUACCGUCCUACAUGAAGUCAGGGAAGAGAUGAGCACCUUCAGACUGGCUUUUAUGCAACAGCACCAUGAAACCUGAACGAGUCGUCCAAAACCCUGCUGUCUGAAGAACUUCAGCCCUGAACGGAGAACGCUGCUUGUUCUCUGUUACCUGACUGAUGAGGAUUCUUGUCACUCAGGACGUUGCAAAUAAUAAAGGGGCUCAAUUUUUCAUCCGUUGCUUUUCACCAUAGGAACUGCUGCCUUCACUUCUGCAGGUCUUCACUUUCUCUGACGCUUCCGAGGGUACCUUUCUACUUCAGAACUGAACUGGGAUUAAAGUGGUUGUGAUUCUCCACAGUGGGACGUCUUCACUCCUGAUACCAGCAUCAUUUACAUUCCCUCUCUACAAACCAGCACCAGUCUGUUGGACCUACCCAGGGUUCCUCUCCCUCUAACCCAGGACAUCCGCUCUUUUCACCGUUUCAUGUUGACUUAUCAACUCAAACUUUGCAUUAAGUCGUCACUUGAAGUGAAUCAGGUGCUCUUCAGGGAUUCUGUCCAAAUGUUUCUUGUCUUUUCCUAAAAGAGCUCACUAUGAGGCUUCUCUAAAUUGCUGCUGGCUUCUUCAGAUGACCUAACCAAAGACUGUGAGCUGAAUGUUUCUGCUUGUUUCUGCUUGAUCUCUCCGUCACGUCUCAUUUUGUAUAUUACAGUUGUCCUUUUAUGGACUGAAAUUAGCAGAUUCGGUCGUUGAAAGGCGUGAAUAUAUGAGAAUGAUGCUUUUUGUGGAACAAACACAAGAGUCUUGUUACAUUUUCGCAAUGACCCAUUUAUGUUCAGUUACCUUUAGCACCUUAUGUGAUGUUUGGGCCGGCCUCCAGCUGUUUGUGUUUGGAUUGGGUGUUUUUAUUAGACUGGAAAAGAGAACUUGUGUCCACACGUGGGGGGAUGGUGGUAAUUAAAACUGAAGCCACCAUUUCUCCACAAACAUGUAACACAUCUUCCCAUUCUUACUUAAACUAAUGCAAUUCUUGUAGACUCAGCAGCUGUUUAAGCAGGGUGACCAGUAGUGUGUGUGUGUGUGUGUGUGUGUAUGUGUCUGUAUAUAUAUAUAUAUAUAUAUACAUAUAUGUGUGUAUAUAUGUAUAUAUAUAUAUAUAUAUAUUGUUAUCAGUCUCUCACUGUUGUGUUGAGGGCUGGGCUGAUUAGCUUGUUCCAGCUGAAAAACUGGGAACCUGGUGUAGAAAAUUGUUCCUGAUAAAAAAUAUUUAGUCUGGUGUUGACUUACCAAGAGGAACGGGGGAAGAUUGGUGGCAGCUGAGUUGUUUAAAUAUUAUUUUGAGUGAAUGAGAUCUUGGACAUAUGGAGCCUCGUGGGAGUAAAUAAUAGUUGAUAACAAACAUGAUGGACAGGGACGUAAAACUCUGCCCCCGGCCUUCGUUUCAGUUCUGUUGCAGUUUCUUGUUUAAACCAUCACCUGCUACAUUCACAACACAUUGGAUUAAUUUGGUUGAAAAACUUAUGAGAGCUUUCUGUUUUUUCUGUGUGUGUGUUAUGUGCAACAGUGUGGCGGUUCAUUCCUGAGGUCAAGAUGUUUGAAGUUGAUUCCAGCUUUUAGCAUUGCUUUUGUCAGGUUGUCACUCUGUGUGGGUGUGUGUUUGUUUUAUUUACUUCUUAAGAGACACUCGCUCUGCAUCAUGAAGAUUAACUCCACGGUGCAGCAGUGUGAUCCAGUAUGGAAGCACAGGGCUAAACUAUUUCCAGUGAACACAAUAUCCAAAAUGCUGUCAUUUAAAAUGAAUGUAAAUGAAGAUUUAUGGAGUCACAGAGAAAAAAGUUUUUUGCCACAAUAAUUCCAAAAUGCUGUUUGUGUGAAUGUAGUCUGAACCUUUUGUUUCUUAUCUUUGCCCUGACACAUGACGUGUAACUAUGGAAGCCUAUUUCCCCUGGAAAAAAAGAUUGGAACAGUAAAAGAUCAGAUGUCAAAGUUCUGAUAUUUAUUAUUACAAUAUUGGCAUAAUACAUUUUAAAUAAAUUUAGACUGUUGAAAUUUUGUCUUGUAUAGUAAAUUUGCCUUGUUGGUCUAAAUUUAACUUGUUUAAGUUGAAAAUUAAUGACAAGUCAAAGUUUUGAUUUAUUUUAUUAAGAUUUAUUUUGACGUACUGUCAUAGGUUUGACACACAAAUUUUUGAUUUUCAUCAUAAUUUUGACAUAAUUUGGGUUUAUUGUGGAUUUUUUCACAUUUUAAAAUAAAAUUGUCAUAACUUUAAUUUUGUAAAUUUCAAAUUUUUAAUUUUAUGUCAUAAUAUAAAUUUUGAAUUGGCAAGUUCUUUUUUCUUAUCAAAAUUUUUUCUAACUGAAAACUUUGACUCGGAUCAUAUUUUAGGAUUUACAUUAAUUAGAGAUGUUGACUUUAAAAGGAUUACUUAAAAAUUGGGACUUUAAAAAGUUUGGUUUGUCAUAUCCUACUUUUAAUUUUCAGUUUUUCUGGUAGGAAUGGGCUUCCAUACUUCACAGUUCGGUCUGAAGGUUUUUUCUCAGUUUGUCUGUCAUAUAAAACUCAGUGUAUUCAGGUAGUGUGUAGAUGAAGCUCAGCACAUUGUAACACGUUUUAGUAAAAGCACACGGUGGAGCUUUUUUCUAUGGAGGGGUCAAUUUUUUAAACAAACUGUCUAUUGUUGCUCCGGCGCCGCAUGUUUCUACCGAGCAGCAGAUGAGUCAGUGUAAAGCAAUAGAGCACGUGGAGUGGUUUUAUUGAUGAUGAUGCUUUGUGUGUGUGUGUGUGUGUGUGUGUGUGUGUGUGUGUGUGUGUGUGUGCGUGCGUGCGUGUGUGCGUGCGUGUGUGUGUGCGGGGUUGUGAUCAUGCUCAGUAACAACAAUGCAAUGUUGAACUGCUUGAAGGUCUGUAUGUUGUUUUCUACAGAUAAUGCUCAGAUUUGUGUGGUGUGUGUGUUUGUGUCAUCACACACCACAUGUGACAAAGUCAGAGGUGAGGGGGUUUCUGGGAAGGUGUGUGUGCAUUAUUUAAACCACUGUUCUCUUUGUAGCGUGUGGCUGUUGUAUUGUUUUUUGCUAUUUGACAAUGAAUUACUCUGCACUUAC